GACAGACCAAAGAAAAAAGAAAAAAGAAAAAAAAAAGAAAAAUAAAGUUCCUUCCUCUCCUCUCUUUCGUUUCCCUUCUCUUCCUUUUUCUUAUCUCCCCCUUCAAAAUCCGAUCAUACCAAAAAAAAAUAAGUUUUCCCUAUAAAACCUCCAAAAUCAAAUCCCGAUCCUCCAAUUCCCUAACCCCACCUUCAAAUCCAAGCUUCCUCUGUACAAAUAAAAAAUGAUCCUCUCAAAAUUCUAGGGUUUCCUUUUUCUUCUUCUUCGUUUUUUUUUUCAUUCUCUCUCAUCGAAUUUCAAUCCCGGCCUAUGCGAUUUGCGAAGGAGUCCAAAACAUGUACAGCAAUUUCAAAGAGCAAGCAAUAGAGUACGUGAAGCAAGCCGUACAGGAAGACAAUGCCGGAAACUACGCCAAGGCUUUUCCUCUUUACAUGAACGCCUUGGAGUAUUUCAAGACUCAUCUCAAGUACGAGAAGAACCCUAAGAUCAAGGAAGCCAUUACUCAGAAGUUCACCGAGUACCUCCGUCGCGCGGAGGAGAUCCGCGCCGUGCUUGACGACGGCGGCCCCGGACCGGCGUCCAACGGGGACGCUGCGGUCGCUACCAGGCCCAAGACCAAGCCCAAGGACGGCGAAGGCGGCGGAGACGGAGAGGACCCCGAGCAAUCCAAGCUGAGAGCUGGGUUGAAUUCGGCUAUCGUGAGGGAGAAGCCUAACGUGAAAUGGACUGACGUCGCGGGACUCGAGAGCGCGAAGCAAGCUCUCCAGGAGGCUGUCAUUUUGCCUGUCAAGUUUCCCCAAUUCUUCACUGGCAAGAGACGACCGUGGAGAGCCUUUUUAUUGUAUGGGCCACCUGGAACUGGAAAGUCUUACUUGGCCAAGGCUGUUGCAACCGAAGCCGAUUCUACCUUUUUCAGUGUUUCUUCAUCGGACCUGGUUUCUAAGUGGAUGGGUGAAAGUGAAAAGCUAGUUUCAAACCUUUUCCAAAUGGCUCGUGAAAGUGAGCCUUCUAUUAUCUUCAUUGAUGAAAUUGAUUCUUUAUGUGGCACACGUGGAGAAGGCAAUGAAAGUGAAGCUUCUAGACGUAUCAAGACUGAACUGCUUGUGCAGAUGCAGGGGGUAGGGCACAAUGAUCAGAAAGUUCUUGUUCUUGCAGCUACGAAUACUCCUUAUGCUCUGGACCAGGCCAUCCGGCGGCGUUUUGAUAAGCGUAUAUACAUUCCUCUACCAGAAGCGAAGGCCCGUCAGCACAUGUUCAAAGUGCAUUUAGGCGAUACUCCUCACAAUUUAACUGAAAGUGAUUUUGAAAGCUUAGGCCGCAAGACAGAGGGCUUUUCAGGUUCAGAUAUUGCUGUUUGUGUUAAGGAUGUCCUUUUUGAACCUGUUCGUAAAACACAAGACGCAAUGUUCUUUUAUAAGAAUUCUAAUGAUAUGUGGGUUCCAUGUGGACCGAAACAGCCAGGCGCUGUCCAAAUUACCAUGCAGGAGCUGGCAGCAGAAGGGCUUGCUUCAAAGAUCCUUCCACCCCCUAUUUCAAAAGCAGAUUUUGACAAGGUGCUUGCAAGACAGAGGCCUACAGUGAGUAAAUCUGACCUUGAUGUCCAUGAGAGAUUCACGAAGGAAUUUGGAGAGGAAGGUUGAAUAAUUUGAUAAAAUGUUAUCAUGUUGAUCCACACACUAGUUGUGAGAACAUUGGUAUGAUUUGUAUUUAUGUAUCAGUGCUGGAUCCAGUGAAUUAUAUCCCUUAUAUUAAGCUUCUUCACAUGGGGAAGGUGACUUGACUUCCCCGUUUCUGUAUUCAGAUGGAAAUACUGAGGUUUGAUACUUUUGAAAUUACUUGUCCCAAAUUGUGUAAAGUACAGUUUCAGAAUUAUGACCGUAGAAUGUGGACAUGAAGCAUAUGUGAUGCUGAUUGCCUUU